ACACUAUUCGCGUUUACCAGUCAAGAUGAUCAACUACUAUUUUUCUUUAUUGAACCUCUCUUGCCUACGGUACGAAACUGUUCGAUAUUACUAUGUACAUUGUUGUUUAGCAUAUCUAUGUACUUUUUAUAUCAUUUUUGUAUUAUUGUGUAUCAUUCUAAACCGCUUUUCAUGGCUUGUGAAAGUGCUAUGUUCUUUUGGUUGGUUUACAUUAUUCGCAUAUUUCUUAUCAAUUUUGCAGAGCUAGGGAUCAUCGAGAACAGAGUCAAUAGCUUCGCUCCCGAGUAUGACUUUGAAGUGAUAUGGCCGAUAAUGAAGAUCAAAGCGCUCUACAGCCACCUGAUUAUCCAGUCUCCCCUCCUCCAACGUUUGCCCAAGCUACCCAAGCCACUUCAGCUUUUAUCCAUCCAGCAGUUAUACAUAAGUCUCCACUCGACAGAUCAUUUUCCGUGCCAUGUAAAUCACAAUCAAACGACAGAACUUGCCCACCAAAUCCUGCUAACGUUCAACUGACCGUUGAUGAGAUGGAAGAGACCUGUGACUUUCCAAAUCGUCACGUUCCAUCAAUUGACGAGGCCGUAACCCCACCAGUGACUCCAAGUAGACCUACUUUAGGUUCGAUUUUUAAAGGUAGAAGGUUACCUAGUCUAAAACUGAAAAGAAAUCGAAUGGGAUCUAUUCGAUCACACAAAGGUUCUGAACCACCCUCACCUGUGACUUCAACACAUGGGCCUACAAUAACCGUAACUGGUGGAUCAGAUGAAGAGGCUACAUCGAUGAUUAGCGACUAUUUGUCACCCGAUAAAUUCAAUUACAAACGUGAGGCGAAAUGCCAUUUUAUAGGCGAUGAUGUUAGCUUAUACGGUACUCCAAAGGAAGAAUAUUCACCGGUGAAUUUAGGCAAAGAGACGGUAAAUAAGUCGUCUGCUUCCUCCUUUCUCAAGGAUCAAAUCAUUUCAUUCUUUCAACCGUCCGAUAAUAAGUUGGCUAUGAAAUUGUUUGGAAACAAGAAUGCAUUAUUAAAAGAAAAGAUGAGACAAAAAGCAGCAGGAAACUGGGUAAUUCAUCCUUGUUCGAAUUUCAGGUUAGAUUGCUUUGCAGACGAUCUCGUAACUAUAGGUGACAUUUGA